AUGGUGGCGGCAGCGAACGGGCGGCGGGGAGCCACCCCGCAGCGGCUGAAGAGCGGCGCCGGGCCAAGGUACUGCCCGGCGCUCCUGCGGCGGCGGCGGCGGCGGCGGCUGGAGGAGGAGGCGACGAGCGCGGAGAGCCGCCUGGAGCUGCAGACCUUCCGCGAGUACGGGGAGAGCUGGUACCGCUCCCGCAAGGCGCUGGAGAGCCGCUUCCAGCCGCGGGAGCCGCUUGCCCGGCAGCCGCAGGUGACGGCGGAGGCGCGCUGCCGGCUGAUCAGCUGGCUCAUCCCCGUGCACCGCGAGCUGGGGUACUCCUUCGAGGCGCUCUGCCUGACUGUCAACAUCAUCGACCGUUUCCUCGACACCACCCCGGUGGCCGCCGACUGCUUCCAGCUGCUCGGGUCCACGGCGCUGCUCCUCGCCUGCAAGCAGGUGGAGAUGCACCCCCCCAGCGUCAAGCAGCUCCUCGCCCUCUGCUGCGACGCCUUCAGCGGGGAGCAACUCCGCAACCUGGAGUGCAUCGUCCUGCACAAGCUGGGUUUCAGCCUGGGAGCGCCCACAGUCUCCUUCUUCAUCGAGCAUUUCACCCGGGUGCGGCUGGAGGCUCCGGGCGCCGACUCCGACGAAGCGGCGGACGCGGGGAGCCUGGCGCGGGGCGUAGCGGAAAUCAGCCUGGCCGACUACACCUUCACCAAGUACCCGCCGUCGCUGCUGGCCGCGGCCAGCCUGGGGCUGGCGGACCGGCUGCUCCGGCACAGCAGCCCUCUGGACCUGCGGGUCAGCGGAUACCGGCGGCGGGAGCUGCGGGACUGCAUGGCUGAGCUGCGGCUGCUCGUGUCGCUCAACGCCGCGGCGCUGCCGCUCGUGCUGCCCGCGGAGGUGGUGCGGAAGUGCCUGUGGCUGAGGGACGGCGACUGA